GUCGUGAGCGCUGCAGAUGCAAAAGCGCAAUUCGUGCCUAUCGUGUCAUGUUGUAUGUCUGUUGUAAACGGGAUAUCGUGUGCGUCGCUGUGCACAAUGGAGAACUCAGACCUUAUCAAGUCUUUGCAGCUAGCACCUAAGAAACGGCGGGGACGCCCACGAAAGGAUUCCUUGCGUGUUUACACGACGGUAGAUGGACACGCGUUAUAUGGCACUCUGGCUCGCGAAAGGGACCCCACACCACUGGCCGCCGACCCAGCGCCAUUUACAGCUAUAGCUUGCGAACACACAGAUCAAGCAGCCGCAGAAGCAGUCGCAGCUCAAACAACUGCAGCGCAAGCAGUCGACGUUGGGCCAGUAGAGCAUGUGGAGCCACCAGACAUUGAGAAAGCGCCAACAGAGCUAGAUUCAGUUAACAGCAAAUUCUACUGCUGCAGCCUUCAAGGCUGCCCUCGCAGGAGGGAAGAUGAGGGCGAGCAUACGUCGCUUGCAGUUUGGCUGCAGAGCCAAUGUUCGGGCAACAGGACAUCGCCGCCAGCCCCCGUCGCAGAAUCACACAACGCGACGGUGUAUUGCGUGCCCGCGGACAUGACCAUUCGCAGCUACGUUUACGUCACUUUUCGGACAGUGCGCUUCAGCGACGGCGUCCACGUCAUAUCCCUAUGCACCUGUAUUGACGACUGGCAGCAUUUGGGCUCUUUCUUCGCCGGCGAGGAGAGCGGAUGGGCACGCGCACGGGCUCUGGAGGCUUUUGGGCACGCGUGCCCGCAUGCGAUUGCGCUGAAGAUGCCUGUCUUAUGGAGGCGGCAGAGCCUUGAAACUCUGCACCCGCUUUGGAGGGAGGUCGUAUCGGAGGCACCAGCAGCGGUCAAGGAAGUGUCUUUCCCAGGGUGCAGUGAUGGGCUGCGACGGUGGCUCGUGGGCACACCAUUGGACGGCGGCCAGGCUGCAGUUGUCGUCCAGGGGGGGAACGUGCUGACGUGCUCCUCUUGCAGUAGCAGCAAAGUCUGCAGCCACACGAAACAGGUGCAGGCCCAGGUCCAGGGCACGCGGCCUGCGAAUCCAGGUGAUAUCUGGCGGAAGGAGCUGGCGGAAAAGAUUGAGAGCUACCUGGACCCCGAAACUGGCAAGCUCAAGGUGAAAUCAGUAUCCAAGGAGCGCAUACACGAUGGUCUCACUCAGCCUGUGCAGCUGCGCGUGUACCCAGAGUAUAGUGCCAUGCCGGAGCGUUUCGUGCCGCGGUUUGAGGAGUUUGAUGUGUGUCCGCGCGGGCACCCGUGGGCGGAAGCGAAGGAGCAGCUAUCGUACGACAAGCGCAAGUCCGUGGUGUACAGCUUGACUUGGUUUGCUGAGGUCGAGGUGUUCCACCGUGCAUGUGGCUGCGGCUGCGGUGCUAAAUUGGAGUGCAACUUCUUAGAGUACGGCAUCCUAAACCUAGACAACAAGGAUCUGUUCAGCCACGAGCUGCUGCAGUGGUACUGCGUUCAGAUGGCAGCAGCUCAAGUACCUUUUCAUGCUAUGUGGAAAAGCGUCGUUGGCUCAUACGUCUCCCGUGGCUUCUUGAGAAACGGCGCUGGCGGAGAUGGGGGCGGCGGUGCGGGACGCGGAGGCGGAGGCGGCGGGACCAGCAGCGCCACGAGACCGUCGCCUCAGGCCGGCAGCAUGCCGCCACCUGGUGCUGCCACCGCGGCAAUGCUGGCUGUCCGCGGGGCGGCUUUGCCCCGCGACGAAGGCGCUGGCGGAGAUGGGGGCGGCGGUGCGGGAGGCGGAGGCGGAGGCGGCGGGACCAGCAUCGCCACGAGACCGUCGCCUCAGGCGCUGGCGGAGAUGGGGGCGGCGGUGCGGGACGCGGAGGCGGAGGCGGAGGCGGCGGGACCAGCAGCGCCACGAGACCGUCGCCUCAGGCCGGCAGCAUGCCGCCACCUGGUGCUGCCACCGCGGCAAUGCUGGCUGUCCGCGGGGCGGCUUUGCCCCGCGACGAAGGCGCUGGCGGAGAUGGGGGCGGCGGUGCGGGAGGCGGAGGCGGAGGCGGCGGGACCAGCAUCGCCACGAGACCGUCGCCUCAGGCCGGCAGCAUGCCGCCACCUGGUGCUGCCACCGCGGCAAUGCUGGCUGUCCGCGGGGCGGCUUUGCCCCGCGACGAAGGCGCUGGCGGAGAUGGGGGCGGCGGUGCGGGACGCGGAGGCGGAGGCGGAGGCGGCGGGACCAGCAGCGCCACGAGACCGUCGCCUCAGGCCGGCAGCAUGCCGCCACCUGGUGCUGCCACCGCGGCAAUGCUGGCUGUCCGCAGGGCGGCUUUGCCCCGCGAUGAAGGCGCUGGCGGAGAUGGGGGCGGCGGUGCGGGACGCGGAGGCGGAGGCGGAGGCGGCGGGACCAGCAGCGCCACGAGACCGUCGCCUCAGGCCGGCAGCAUGCCGCCACCUGGCGCUGGCGGAGACGAAGGCGGCGUCAGUUUGUGGCCUCAUGACUUGGACGAUACAGAUUGUGCCAGCACGCCGCCAGCGAAGAGGCCGAGGAUGCUGGCUCCAAGUUCCUGCACGCUUUAUGCUGCUGACACUCGUUUGGCCGGCAGCAUGCCGCCACCUGGUGCUGCCACCGCGGCAAUGCUGGCUGUCCGCGGGGCGGCUUUGCCCCGCGACGAAGGCGCUGGCGGAGAUGGGGGCGGCGGUGCGGGAGGCGGAGGCGGAGGCGGCGGGACCAGCAGCGCCACGAGACCGUCGCCUCAGGCCGGCAGCAUGCCGCCACCUGGUGCUGCCACCGCGGCAAUGCUGGCUGUCCGCAGGGCGGCUUUGCCCCGCGACGAAGGCGCUGGCGGAGAUGGGGGCGGCGGUGCGGGAGGCGGAGGCGGAGGCGGCGGGACCAGCAGCGCCACGAGACCGUCGCCUCAGGCCGGCAGCAUGCCGCCACCUGGUGCUGCCACCGCGGCAAUGCUGGCUGUCCGCGGGGCGGCUUUGCCCCGCGACGAAGGCGCUGGCGGAGAUGGGGGCGGCGGUGCGGGAGGCGGAGGCGGAGGCGGCGGGACCAGCAUCGCCACGAGACCGUCGCCUCAGGCCGGCAGCAUGCCGCCACCUGGUGCUGCCACCGCGGCAAUGCUGGCUGUCCGCGGGGCGGCUUUGCCCCGCGACGAAGGCGCUGGCGGAGAUGGGGGCGGCGGUGCGGGAGGCGGAGGCGGAGGCGGCGGGACCAGCAGCGCCACGAGACCGUCGCCUCAGGCCGGCAGCAUGCCGCCACCUGGUGCUGCCACCGCGGCAAUACUGGCUGUCCGCAGGGCGGCUUUGCCCCGCGACGAAGGCGCUGGCGGAGAUGGGGGCGGCGGUGCGGGAGGCGGAGGCGGAGGCGGCGGGACCAGCAGCGCCACGAGACCGUCGCCUCAGGCCGGCAGCAUGCCGCCACCUGGUGCUGCCACCGCGGCAAUGCUGGCUGUCCGCAGGGCGGCUUUGCCCCGCGACGAAGGCGCUGGCGGAGAUGGGGGCGGCGGUGCGGGAGGCGGAGGCGGAGGCGGCGGGACCAGCAGCGCCACGAGACCGUCGCCUCAGGCCGGCAGCAUGCCGCCACCUGGUGCUGCCACCGCGGCAAUACUGGCUGUCCGCAGGGCGGCUUUGCCCCGCGACGAAGGCGCUGGCGGAGAUGGGGGCGGCGGUGCGGGAGGCGGAGGCGGAGGCGGCGGGACCAGCAGCGCCACGAGACCGUCGCCUCAGGCCGGCAGCAUGCCGCCACCUGGUGCUGCCACCGCGGCAAUGCUGGCUGUCCGCAGGGCGGCUUUGCCCCGCGACGAAGGCGCUGGCGGAGAUGGGGGCGGCGGUGCGGGAGGCGGAGGCGGAGGCGGCGGGACCAGCAGCGCCACGAGACCGUCGCCUCAGGCCGGCAGCAUGCCGCCACCUGGUGCUGCCACCGCGGCAAUGCUGGCUGUCCGCAGGGCGGCUUUGCCCCGCGACGAAGGCGCUGGCGGAGAUGGGGGCGGCGGUGCGGGAGGCGGAGGCGGAGGCGGCGGGACCAGCAGCGCCACGAGACCGUCGCCUCAGGCCGGCAGCAUGCCGCCACCUGGUGCUGCCACCGCGGCAAUACUGGCUGUCCGCAGGGCGGCUUUGCCCCGCGACGAAGGCGCUGGCGGAGAUGGGGGCGGCGGUGCGGGAGGCGGAGGCGGAGGCGGCGGGACCAGCAGCGCCACGAGACCGUCGCCUCAGGCCGGCAGCAUGCCGCCACCUGGUGCUGCCACCGCGGCAAUGCUGGCUGUCCGCAGGGCGGCUUUGCCCCGCGACGAAGGCGCUGGCGGAGAUGGGGGCGGCGGUGCGGGAGGCGGAGGCGGAGGCGGCGGGACCAGCAGCGCCACGAGACCGUCGCCUCAGGCCGGCAGCAUGCCGCCACCUGGUGCUGCCACCGCGGCAAUACUGGCUGUCCGCAGGGCGGCUUUGCCCCGCGACGAAGGCGCUGGCGGAGAUGGGGGCGGCGGUGCGGGAGGCGGAGGCGGAGGCGGCGGGACCAGCAGCGCCACGAGACCGUCGCCUCAGGCCGGCAGCAUGCCGCCACCUGGUGCUGCCACCGCGGCAAUGCUGGCUGUCCGCAGGGCGGCUUUGCCCCGCGACGAAGGCGCUGGCGGAGAUGGGGGCGGCGGUGCGGGAGGCGGAGGCGGAGGCGGCGGGACCAGCAGCGCCACGAGACCGUCGCCUCAGGCCGGCAGCAUGCCGCCACCUGGUGCUGCCACCGCGGCAAUGCUGGCUGUCCGCAGGGCGGCUUUGCCCCGCGACGAAGGCGCUGGCGGAGAUGGGGGCGGCGGUGCGGGAGGCGGAGGCGGAGGCGGCGGGACCAGCAGCGCCACGAGACCGUCGCCUCAGUCACGCGCCGCACCAGGCCGGCAGCAUGCCGCCACCUGGCGCUGCCACCGCGGCAAUGCUGGCUGUCCGCGGGGCGGCUUUGCCCCGCGACGAAGGCGCUGGCGGAGAUGGGGGCGGCGGUGCGGGAGGCGGAAGCGGAGGCGGCGGGACCAGCAGCGCCACGAGACCGUCGCCUCAGGGUACCCUAUCUGGUGAAGCGCUUCGGUUCUUCAUCAACAAGCGUGCCGUGUUCCAAGACGCCUGGAUGAACUACAUCGCCCUCCAGGACGUUGAUUACACGACGGCGUUCCACUGCCGGUGUGCGGAUCAGCCGUGCCGCUCUGUAAUUGCAGAUGGCAUCUUGCUCGGUGUUCACAAAGACAAGGUUCAGCUUCUCAAGCCAUGGGUGCAGCCGGACGGAAACCCGAAGCCCGGUUCCUUGCACAAAGACCGUGUCCUCCUAGAGUCACGUGACCGCGAGGUGUUAGCUCGGCUGUGCAGGCCUGGCAACGAUGCUGUGACUGACGCCGAGUAUGAUAGCCUUCUCGCCAACAUACGCAAACGGUGCCCUGAGCUGGAGGUUUACGUGGAGAGGCACAGGCCAGGUGUGGCCGCGGGCCCCGCGCCAAACGACGCAGCGCGCAAGCUGCUGCUGGCAGUCGCUUCGGAAAGCCCGGUCUGCGCGUAUGUGCCAGGUCAUGCUCAUGACCGUAUCCAGCAGAUGCUGGACGCCACGCCGCACCCUGCGGCCCUGAGGGAAAUUGCCAAGGACGCCCCCAUAGUCGGAACCUUCCUGAUGCAGGAAUGCGCAAAGGCUUCAAAUGGCGCGGUUCCUCCUGCAGCACGCCUGCUUGUGUCCCGCCUGCUAGCCAUGGGAAAGGCUGGAUACAGUGUAGCCGGCAUGGACGCGUGGUUGCGCAAGGAGGCAACGCGUGAACGUGUUGCGCACGACGUCAUGGCGCGCGGUGGUGUUGCGCUAGCUGGAGCACCGGGGAGCAACACGGCGGCGGGGGCGGUGAUGGCUGGUGCAGCGGCGCCAUCAUCUGGAGCUGGAGCACCGGGGAGCAACAUGGCGGCGGGGGCGGCGAUGGCUGGUGCAGCGGCGCCAUCAUCUGGAGCUGGAGCACCGGGUGAGGUGCUGGGCCGUAAGUGCACAGGGACGGCUGCAUCACUGCGGUUGCGCUUUCCUUGGGCGGGCCAGGCCAAGCCGGAAACAACCAGCUGGGAAUUGGAGCAACACGGCGGCGGGGGCGGCGAUGGCUGGUGCAGCGGCGCCAUCAUCUGGAGCUGGAGCACCGGGGAGCAACACGGCGGCGGGGGUGGCGAUGGCUGGUGCAGGCGCCCUAACGAAUGAUCAAGAACUCCUUCGGACGGGGUUUUAUUACCCAUCGCUGCCCAUAGUCCGGAACCUUGGUCCGUAUGCUGCGGACACACGGUCCCAAACCGCGGGCGGCAAGCGUUGCACCAAGUACAAGUAUGAUUCGAAGAACCUUUCGCCCGGGCUGUUCGUGGUACACUGUCUGGAGUGUGGUGGCUGCUUAGGUUUUCAUAUGCUGAACAACGCCGAGUCACCGCGGGCCCUAUUUGAGGUGCUGUACACUAGGUGGCAGGACGCGCCCGAGGUUGUGGUGUACGAUAACAACUGCCACGCGCAUGCGUACUUUCUAAAUCGGGAGCCAACGUGGAUCACAAACACAUUGUUUGUGAUUGAUAAGACGCACUUCCGUGGCCAUACCGGAUGCUGCAAAGCAUACGACAUCGCCGCAUAUCCUAAGCUAGCCUGCAAGAACUCACAACUUGCUGAGCAGCGCAACUCUAAGCUGGCAAUCCUGAAGUCUCACUGCGCUUACAUGACGCAGUCGACGUUCCUGGUGUACGUACGGUAUUUCUUAUUCAUGAAUUCAUUACUGGCAAAUUUGGAGCACGCUGUGAAGGACACAAGAAAGCGGAAGUUGUGAUGGUACGAUGAGACAUGGCAAACGUAUGCAGUUUGUAACCCGACUUGGCUUGACG